AUGCUUGAUGGCAUGUUCGAAGCAGUGGAUGAGGAAUACAAUCCAACAACCACAGUCUAUUAAACAAGAAGGGCAUAAAAUUGCGCCGAUUAAAUGGAUUUGCCAGAAUAUCCAAGAGUAAAACAUUUUGCAGGCCUUAAAAAUUAAGGUGCCACAUGUUACUUGAACAGUUUAAUACAAUCCUAUUACAUGAGUCCUGAAUUUAGAAAAGUCAUUCUGUCAUUGCCAUUAUGUGGAGAAACAAUUGAAGAUUCUGCUAAUUUCGCUAAAAAUGAAAGCAGAAAUAGAUUCCUAUUAGAGUUUUAGAAACUAUUCAUAUAAUUGUAAAGUUUGCAAUCCAAGGCAACUUCAACGUUAGCGCUGACUUCUAGUUUUGGUUGGAAUGAUGGUCAACAAAUGUAGCAACAGGAUGUGUCAGAUGCAAACAAAGUAUUGUUUGAGACACUUGAUCGAUCCCUAUAUGGUACACCUUUUAUUAUUGCUCCAUUUUACAAGGGAGUAGUGUUUCAUCACAUAACUUGUUUGAAUUGCAACAAUUCUCAUGGCAACGAAGAAAUCAUGUAUGAUUUCAAUAUCUAAGUGGAAGGCAAUAAAAAUUUAUCGGAAGGAUUGUUUAGUUAUAUCAAUCCUUUUUUGCUAGAUGGAAACAACCAGUACUUAUGUGAAUUAUGCGGUUUCAAAGUAGAUGCAUUGAAAGGAGACAAGAUCAGAAAAUUACCAUCAAUAUUGACAAUAACAUUGAAUAGAUACACAUUUGAUUAUGAGAGGAUGCAGAGAGUGAAAUUAAAUGAUCGAUUCGAAUUUCCUUUAGAGAUAGAGAUGGGAGUAUAUUUGGAAAAUCCAGUGGAUAACUUAGUCUAUGAGUUACAAGGCGUAAUAAUUCAUAGAGGGAAUGCCCAUGGAGGACAUUAUUUUGCUUACUUUAGAGAUCUUUUGGAUGAAGGAGAUUGGCUAUCUCACAUUCCAGAGUAUUGGUAAGAGAAGGAAGAGAGUUAAUAGUAAUAAAAGAAAAAAAAUGAUGAAGAAGUUGAUUAUGAUGAAGUGAAAUUGCCAUUUGAGAUAAGUAAUCCCAAGGUUGCUCAAGGGUGGUUUGAUUUCAAUGAUAACACUGUUAUUCCUAUUCCUGUUAAUAAGAUCUAAUCACAGUAUUAAGGAUCUGAGAGUGCCUACAUUUUAAUUUAUAGGGAUAGGAACUUGGUGCCAUCCAAAUUAUCAAAUGAGGAGAUACCAAAAUAUCUUAAUGAUUAUGUGAAUAAAUUAAAUGAAAAGAUUGAGUAGGAUAGAUAGGCUUAUGAGGAAGCUAAACAACACAUUACUAUAACAGUAGCAGAUGCUUCAGUGGUUGAUUUAUAAAAUCAUAAAUUGCUCAAUGACAAUUAUGAAAAGGUGACAUAUAAGUUGAAAUUAUCUUCCACCAUUUAAUAAUUAUAUGAAUAAAUUAAAAAGGAUGAAUAUUGGCUUUUGGAAUUUAAAGAAAACUAUUAAAAUAAACUGUUACAUUUCCCAAGAUAUUUGAAGAAUCCAGAAAGUACAUUAGAAGAAGAGAAGGUGGAACAUGAAUCAACAUGGAUUUUAGUAAGGAGAGAUUAGGACCUUCUUUAAGUUGGAUUGAAAAAGAUUCCCAUCAAACUUAAUUUACUCAUUAACAAACAACCAUAAUCAUUUCUAUUAUAUCUUUCAACCACAUUAUUGGAAUUAAAAUAAUUGGUAUUCGCUUUGUCUGGAAUACCAGAAAAUGAAUAAGAAUUAAGAAAUGUUCAAAAUUAAAAAAUAGUAUCAGAUUUGUCUGAUGAAACAUUAUUGGAAGAAUUGCAACUAACUCUUGAAUCUCAAAUUUUGGUUAAGAAAAAGGCACCAAUUUAAGAUGUUAACAAAAAUGAAAAAGAUUUAUAAGGAGGAGAGGAUAUUAUAUCAAUUCUGGUUGAAUAGGAGGACAAAAAUGGAGUUUCAAAAUUCUAUGUGAAUAUCAAUUAGACUAUCUAGGAUUUGAUUGAAUUUAUUAAAGAGUAGUUUGGAAUCACUGAUGCGUAUAGAUUAAGAAAUCUUAAUGGAUCAAUCUUAUUCUGUAAAACUGAUCUCCCUAUAUAACUGAAGGAAUUUUAAUCUUUUAGAGAAGGUGGGGCAAGAUUGCAAAUAGAGAAGGGAGAGGUUCCAGAAACUGGAAAGAUUUCAAUUGUGAUUCAGAAUAAGGAGUAGAAUAUAGAAAUACAUGUCGAUCCAAGAUCAGAUAAGAUUGAAUAACUUAAGUUGGAGUCAUGUAAAUCUUUUAAUUUGGAUCCUGCAUAAUAUAGACUUUAUAAAGUCGAUUGGUUACAAGUUCCGUCUGAAGGUUUAACAGAUGAAACUAAAACAGUUUCUUAAUGUUAUUUGAGAGAUAGGGAUUUACUCAUACUAUGUGAUAAAACAGCAUAAAUUGAUUGUGAAUUGGUACGAUUUCAGCUUUAUUCAACCACUACUGGUUAUCCAGAUGAUUGUGUCUUUUAAAAACAUGAAACCAUGAGAAAGGAUGCCACUCUGAAAGAUUUAAAAUAAAUGAUAAUCUCUACUUUUGGAUUGAAUGUAGAUGUUGAUCAUUUGAGAGUCAGAGACAUCAAUAAAAAUAGAUUCUUUGGAUAAGUGUUUAGAAAGCUAGAAUUACCUAUUCAGAAAUGUCAGUUCUCCACGAAUGAUAUUGUUUACUAAGUUUUGAAUCAACCAGAAUAUCUUAAAGAUGAUGAAAUGCUCUUACUAAUCAAGGAGAGAGAUCCUCUAAAUAAAGUAUAUAUAAAACAAUAAGAAUUCGUCUUUAAAGUAUCUAAGACUCCAACUCUUAAUGAAUUGAAGGAAUAGAUCUAAAAGUUUGUUGGAAUAGAAGAGGGAGCUGAAUUACAAUUAGCUAAAUUUAUAAUCUAAGAGUUCUAAUGGUUGCAUAUUGACUCUAAUGCUCUAUAGAAGCAGGCACAAGGAAAAAAUAAAGGUAAAGGUAAAUAGGGUAAAUAAGAAAAUCAAAAUAAUAAACAACCUUAAAAAGGUUAAAAAUAACAACAAUAGUAAGACCCUUGUGAUAAUUUGAAAAAAAGUCCAUUUAAUUUAGGAGAAGGAGAUUUUAUUGGUUACAGGUUUGGCAAUCAUCCAAAUGAUGACUUUUAGACUAAAGAAGAUAAUGAGCUAAGAGAGAGAAUGAUUGCUGCUCGUAAAAAUAAGCACAAUGCCUUGGGACCAUUUAGAAGAUAACAAGAGUAAGGAUUUAUCGUAGAUAUUGAAUGAUAUUUUAUUAAUUCAUUUUAUUCUAAAUAGAAAUUAAAUUGGUAAA